UUCGAGGUCACCAUGCCAACGAUCGAUCUUGUCCAAAAGAAGACCCCACACCUUCGUUUUUCUCGUGGAAGCUUCCAAACAAAAGUGUUUCCACUUUGGACCCCGGACUUUUACAUUUAUCUUGAUACCCUCCUCCCCUUUGCUGGUCCGCUCGUUAUCGGCUGUUCUGGGAUUACCUAUUUUUAUAUGUUUGUUUUUUCGUGUAUCUUCUCUCCGGGAGGUUAAUUUGAUUAGGUUCAAUUCCUCUUUGUCCUCGUCCGCCAAGCAUCACCACCCGGCAUAUUCUUUGACAUAUCCAGUCAGGGACCCGUGACAAUUUCGGUUCCGUUCCUCAUUUUCAUAUGGCGGACCUUGACGGUAACCUGCUCGACAGACUUAAACAAUACUAGAAAGCACAUCCUAUCCUAAAGGGAGCAGUACCCAGACCAACCAACACCUUCACAACUUCAACAAUCGACAAUGGGCUCAACAACACCCGCCACCUCCCUCCCCUCAGCCUCCUCACCCUCUCUCACUCUCACCCUCGCCCACGAAGACGAGCGUCCCAAAACAUGGUCUCUCACCCACCCCAUGUGGGGACCCGCCCUCUCUCACUCCGAGUACCUCGCGCGUGAACACUUCAUGACGACGCUCCCGCUCGCCAAAGACGGCGGUCUGACGCACUGGAUCCUGACCGACAGCAACAACUCCCCUCAGGCAGCAGAAAACAAUAACCAACGACCCAUCCUCUCCUCCUGCGAAACCCUCCGCAAACACGCCGUCGCCGCUCGCUACGACCCUUCUUCCGACCGCGUCAUUCUCACCGAAGGCAUCUCGCACGGCAUCGGCUCCGUGUUCACCGACCCUCAGUACCGCGGCAAGGGAUACGCCAACAGGAUGAUGCAGGAGUUGGGCAAGCGGCUGCGCACUUGGCAAGUCACGGAUAAGAAAGAUCGGCCUGAAUCUCCUCCCCUUCCCCAAGCCGAAACCGAAACCACCCCGGGGAAAGAAGAAGCAGAGGCAACAACCCUCUUCUCAGUCCUCUACUCCGACAUAGGCAAAUCCUUCUAUGCCAAAAACGGAUGGAAGGCCUUUCCCUCGGCGCACGUCUCUUUCAAACCCAUCAAAUCCUCUUCUUCCUCUUCCUCUUCCUCUUCUUCCUCUUCCUCAUCCCCCUUCUCCCCCGCUACUCCUCCCUUCCCACCCAACCUCUCCCCCAUAAGCUACCACACCCUCCCGCCCCUCUGCACCCUCGACACCACCCACCUCCUCACGCAAACCCUCCCCACCCUCGCCCGCGCCAACCCUUCCAAAACCCACGUCGCCUUGUUGCCAGAUUUAGACUGCCUCCUCUGGCAUUUACUCCGCGAAGAUUUCAUGACGCAACACAUCUUCCAGCGCACCCCCUCCGUUCGAGGGGCUAUUUACGACUGCCCUGAUAGAAAUGGGCAACAGAGAGUGUGGGCAGUCUGGACCCGUUCGUAUUACCGGGGUUUGGAGAGCGAGAGUAUCGAGGGGAAUCAUAUGCAUAUUCUCCGUUUCGUCAUGGAAGGGGUAGAGGAUCUCGGGGACGAGGAGUCCUUGCGAAAAGUGACAGAGGACGACCCAGAAACAGAAAGGUAUCUGGUGGAAGCCUUCAGGGCGAUCUUGGCUGUGGCGCAACGGGAGGCGGCGGAGUGGAGGGUGCAGGAUGUGCAGAUGUGGAAUCCGAGUCCGUUGGUGGGUCGGUUGAUUGAGAAAGCCGGGAUUGAGGGCGGGUACGAGAUGGUGGAGAGGGAUAUGGAUAGUAUUCCCAGCUUGAUGUGGUAUGGGGCUGAGGGCAUCGAGGGUGGUCGGACCGAGGAUGUCGAGUGGGUUGCUAAUGAAAAGUAUGGGUGGUGUUGAAGUCAUAAGCGGGCGUUGUCUUUCUUCUUCUUAUGUUCUCUUUCCCUUGUUUUCCCUUCCUUGGAUAUUGUCAAUUCCUUUUGCAUAUACACAGACACCGGUACAAUAGUACUGGAACCGGGGGUCCCCGUCAUCAAUACAACGAGUGUUAUUGACUAGGUAUAGGCUACCGUAUUCCAACCUCUAGAGAUCUCAUAACGAAAGCACAGCUAGAUAUCAUCAACAAAAACAUAGCAGCAGUCAUUCCGCGUACCGAACUCCA